AUGACUUCAGGGCCGGAUCCCGUUGUCGAGGGCCACAAAGAUUAUUUUCAAACGAUCUUUCGACGCUGCGUGGCGGCUAUUCUAGGCUCGUAUGGCGCACACAUCGAGCCAGAGGCGUUCGACUAUAUUGUCCUGCUGGCCGAGCUACACAUGCACGAGCUCUACACCUCACUGGCAAGCAUUGCCCAUAUCCAACGGCGGACCCAACCUGCCGUCGAGGACCUGGCUCUGCUGUUUAGCCAGCACAACAUAAACUCUGACGACCUGUUGCGAGAAAAAUCGCUCCAUACCGUCUUCACUGAGCAGCUGGCUGCUCUGCAGUUUGACCCCGAGCUAGAGCCUAUUCCCGACUCUGCGGCGGCGUUUUUCGACACAAAGUUCCAUAAUAUCACAUCCAUCGUGCCGUCAAAACGCAAAAUGCCCAACUACGUCCCCAAGUGGAUGCCUCCACUGCCGCCUGACCACACCUACAUGGAGUCUUCUGUGUUCACAAACCACGUGCGCAGCCUGCAAGUGCUUCGUGAGCAACUGGUAGAAGAAGGUCGUCUGGCUGAGCAGGCUCUGCAGCGAUUACUUGGUCAGGGUGGGUCUGAGGCGCUACUUGAGGUCGAAAAGCCCGCUGUGCGCCAGCGCCAGCCCGAGCCGGUGUCUACGAACGGCUCUGCGCAAAAAGGAACACCAAACGGAGACGCCCCAUCUUCUUAUAUUACAGUAGUCGACCAGGAGCCCGAGGAACCCAAGGAACCCAAGGAGCCCAAGGCGGCUGCCGAGCCCCAGCCGGCCGAAGAACCCGUCAAGACAGAGCCCUCGAAUGUCGAACCCGUUAAAGUGAAACUGCCUACGCUGCGGAUCUCUAUGGGCAAAGAAACGGCGCGCCCAUUGAGUUUGAGUCUGUCGUUGGGCAAACCCAGCGAUGCCACGCAGUCUUCGGCAACGCCAGCCGCCCCAGAAAGCACGCCCGUCAAGCGGCCCAAAACCAGCGACAUCUUCGGCAAACGGCCCAAAAUCGAUAUUGCCAAAUUGGCAAAAGAACACGAAACCGGCCAGCCAGUGGGUCCUUUCAAGCCCUGGGAUCGCCCUCUGUCCAUCCACGAGUCGCCCAACACACUGCCCUCCGUCAUCGACGCUCUGGCCGCCGCAAUGGCCACUAUUGAAAAACAAUAA